AUGGCACCUAUACCUAAAAGAAUUAAACCUAGUGGUGCUUAUUACCGUAAGAUAGCUAAAGAUAAAAAAGAGAAGCUAGAUAAAACAAUAAAAAACUCCAACAGGAUUGAUAAAAUGUAUCAUCAAUUGAAUAACUCAGUGAAAAAUAGUUACACAGAUGGUUCAGCCAGUAACAAUUGUUCAUCAUCUAAUAUGCAGAUGCAUAAUGAAAAUGAGGUACUUCAAAAACAUGGUGAAAAUCCAGAAGAUUUUAUAUCAUUACAGUCCAAAAAUAGUGAGAUUCUUUUAAAUGAAGAAAACAAAAUAACUCAGAAGUGUGGUAACAAUUCAGAUGAUGUUAAAUCAAUAGAUGCUGAUUCCUCUCAUGAUUUUAAAAUACCAGGGACUGAUCCAGCCGACUGGAAUAUAAGUGAAUUUACUAUUGAUUAUGUAUGUAAAAACGGUUACAGUCAAAAUUUAGGUUCAAAUUUUAGUCGAUCCAAACGACUUUAUCAGACGGUUCGUGGAGGUUCAUUUAGGAAUGUUCAUAGAUAUUUAAAUAAAAGUUAUUUUGAAACUACUUUAAUCAAUGGUGAAAAAUGUAAAAGAAGUUAUCUUGUUUAUUCAGAAAGUAAAGGUGCAGUUUUUUGCGUUCCUUGUUAUUUAUUUCAAAAUUCUUCAGAAUUUUCAAGAAAUGGUUUCUCAGAUUGGAAAAGACCAAAAUCAAUCAACAAGCAUGAAAACUCCUUUUCUCAUAAAACAUGUGUAAUUAAAAUGAAAAAUAGAUCAUCAGAAUUAAAUAGGGUGGAUAAAACUCUUCAGUAUCAAGUAGAAACAGAAAAAGAAUAUUGGAAAAAUGUCCUAAUAAGGGUUUGUGCUGUUGUAAAAUCUUUAUCAAGUCGUGGCUUGCCAUUUAGAGGUGAUAAUGAGCAGUUUGGAUCUUUACACAAUGGUAAUUUUAUGAUGUGUCUUGAAUUGAUAGCAGAAUUUGAUCCGUUUUUGGCCAAACAUAUAUCGAAUCAUGGAAAUCACGGUAAAGGUCACACAAACUAUUUGUCUCAUUUUACAUAUGAAAAAUGUAUUAAGUAUGUUAACAGUGAUGGGUUACCGGUAGAAAGAUUUUUAUGCUUUUUGGAAAAUGUUGGACACAAGUCUCAAAAUAUGGCUGAUGCAGUUUUUUCUAUAUUAAAAAAAUACAAUUUAGAUAUUUCAUAUUUACGCGGACAAUCAUAUGAUAACGCUAAAAAUAUGUCUGGCGUUUAUUCUGGUCUUCAAGCUAGGAUCCGUGAAGUUGCACCUUUGGCUGAUUUUAUUCCGUGUUCAGCUCAUUCACUUAACUUGAUUGGAUCUUAUGCGGCUAGUUGUUCUUCUACUCACCGUUGGGAUCUACUUAAAGUUAAUUUGACAUUGAAAAAUCUAUCUGAAACGAGAUGGUCAGCGCGAUAUGAUGCAUGCAAAGCUCUUAUUGAUAACUGGGGAAUCGUGAAGCAAACCUUAGUUGACAUAUCAAACAAUUUAAAUGAAAAAUCUAUUACAUGUAAUGAAGCUCGUGGUUUACUUCAUGCAAUGAAUCGUCUUGAAACUACAUUUAUGCUGUUAUUUUGGGGAGACCUACUACAACGAUUUAAUGCCAUAAAGAGACUAAAUGCAUUGGCAAUUUUAAAUAUUGAAUCUCAAUUAACUCAUCAGAUUAAUUAUAGCGACAUAAUUGAAGAUUUUGCUAAUAAUCAAGCAAGGAAAAAAAUACAUUAA